GGAGAAUGUUCCCCAACGAAGACUGCCUGGGGUGGAAAGGGCUCAGGGACAGGGAGCUAGCCAGGAUGGGUGGGCAGGGGGAUGGCUGGACCAAAGAGAAGCUGUGAGUCUGUGUGGCUCAGACGGUGACUCCCUCAACCUCACCGCCCCCAGGAGCAGCCAUGUCUGUGCAGGUGGCAGCCCCCGGAAGCACAGGGCUGGGCCCAGAGCGCCUGAACCCCGAGGAACUGGUGCGGCAGACGCGACAGGUUGUACAGGGGCUGGAGGCCCUGCGGGCUGAGCACUACAGUCUAGCUGGGCACUUGGCGGAGGCUCUGGCUGGACCGGGCCCUGUGGCUGGAGGGGAGCUGCUGGAGGAGAAGCAACAGGUCGUGAACCACUCGCUGGAGGCCAUCGAGCUGGGGCUGGGCGAGGCCCAGGUGCUGCUGGCCCUGUCCGCACAUGUGGGUGUGCUAGAGGCCGAGAAGCAGAGGCUGCGUGCGCAGGCGCGGAGGCUAGCCCAAGAGAACACAUGGCUUCGAGAGGAGCUAGAGGAGACACAGAGGCGACUACGGGCCAGUGAGGAGGCUGUGGCCCAGCUGGAGGAGGAGAAGAGCCAUCUCCAGUUCCUGGGUCAGCUGCGGCAGUAUGACCCACCCGAGGAGAGCCAGAGGCCCGAGUCCCCCCCUCGCAGAGACAGCCUGGCUUCUCUGUUCCCCAGUGAAGAGGAGGAAAGGAAAGGUCCCGAGGCAGCUGGAGCUGCAGCCGCGCAACAGGGUGGUUAUGAGAUCCCAGCUCGCCUGAGGACUCUGCACAACCUGGUGAUCCAGUACGCUAGCCAGUGCCGCUACGAGGUGGCAGUACCACUAUGUCGUCAGGCCUUGGAGGACCUGGAGCGAAGCUCAGGCCACUGCCACCCUGACGUGGCCACUAUGCUUAACAUCCUGGCACUGGUAUACAGGGACCAGAACAAGUACAAGGAAGCCACGGACCUUCUUCACGACGCCCUACAAAUCCGAGAGCAGACGCUAGGGCCUGAACACCCUGCAGUGGCCGCCACCCUCAACAACCUGGCUGUCCUCUACGGGAAACGUGGACGUUACCGGGAGGCAGAGCCCCUGUGCCAGCGUGCCCUGGAGAUCCGUGAGAAGGUCCUCGGUGCCGACCACCCUGAUGUGGCCAAGCAGCUCAACAACCUGGCCUUGCUCUGCCAGAACCAGGGCAAGUUCCAGGACGUGGAGCGGCACUACGCACGGGCCCUGAGCAUCUACGAGGCCCUGGGGGGGCCGCAGGACCCCAACGUGGCCAAGACCAAGAGCAACCUGGCCUCAGCCUACCUGAAACAGAACAAGUACCAGCAGGCAGAGGAGCUGUACAAGGAGAUCCUCAGCCAGGAGGCCCUGCCUGCCCCACUUGGUGCCCCCCAUGCAGGCACAGCAGGUGAUGCACAGCAGCAGGUCCUGCGCAGAAGCAGCUCCUUCUCCAAGUUCCGAGAGUCCAUCCGGCGGGGUAGUGAGAAGCUGGUUUCCCGCCUCCGAAGGGAGGGCUUGGCAGGGGCUGCAGGGAUGAAGAGAGCCAUGUCACUCAACAUGCUGAACGUGGAUGGUCCAAGGGCUGCCAGGACGCAGGUGAGGGGCCAGUGAUAGAGCAGGCUCUCAACCCGGCACUUGAGUGAGGCCUCUCGGACCCUCAGCGCCAGCACCGAGGACUUGAGCCCGCGCUAAGUGGACUGGCUGCAGUGGCCACAGCUGCUCAGGAAUCAGGGAAGGGCGGGCCGGUGGUGUGGUUAUCUGGUGCCCUGCCUUGGUGGCACCUGUGGAUCGGGACCCUGCUAUCCUCCCUGUAAUUAAAGGCUGUACACUG